UCUUCUGUCGUAAACCAUACAGUCGCUGUGGCAAGACCCAAGUAAACAACAUAACAAAGUGCAUGGAUUCAAAGUCGUUAUAGUUUUACUUCAACAUCGACGGAAAGUUUACAUUCAAUUGUUAAAAAGAGCUAUGGCAGCGUCUUCUUCGUCCUCCUCUGCGGGAGGUGUGAGUGGCAGCUCGGUGACCGGCUCUGGGUUCAGUGCUUCAGAGCUCAUCCCCCCAAGGAAGGUCCUGUACACGUAUCCUAAAGGGGCAGGAGAAAUGAUGGAGGAUGGCUCUGACAGAUUUUUAUGCGAGUCUGUAUUCAGCUACCAAGUUGCCUCCACGCUAAAACAGGUCAAACACGAUCAACAAGUGUCUCGAAUGGAGAAACUUGCGAGCUUGGUGGAGGAGCUGGAAGCAGACGAGUGGCGCUACAAACCGAUUGAACAGCUAUUGGGAUUUACGCCGUCUUAAAUAAAGAAACCCAGAUGCCUUUUUUUAAUAAAUCAGUAAAAAUAAAGGAGAUGGUUUAUUUCCGUUCAUAAAUGAUAUUCCUUCUAUAUGGUUUCAUUUUAUAUCAUGAGUGAGAAAUAUCUGGAGUUACUGAAUGUGACAUGUAUUAUUUAAUCACUUGGACUAUUGUAUGAGUAUGUUUUUUUUCUACUAUUUAACUUUGCAUACUAAAAUAAACCAAGGUCAACAACAAUCUCCUUGUUAUAUGUUAAUGAUUAAACAAUUUAAAAUGUUCUCAUAGGUUUUUGUUUUCAACUGCUUGAGGCUAAUAAAAGUGUUUUGCAAUUACAAUCUGUUCUUAGCCUCAGUGAUUACAGAAAUAAUAUCUUUAGUAACGUAUUAAAUCCCUGUGAAGUGAAGCAUUUUGUUUCCCCAUGACUGCACUGUAACUCAUAAAUCUGGAAACCUGCUACCUGCUCAGUCUCAACGCUGCUCGCUCCAACAGAACUUGGAGCAGAACAAAGAGAGCUUGUAAAUAAAGUCAUACUUGGAC